GUAGCAGCUGAAACGAUUUCCAACAUUCAAACUGUAGUGUCCUUGGGGCGCGAAGAAGAGUUUUUUGAACGAUUUAAGGCGUCACAAGUUGAACCAUUCCGGUAAGUGUAACGAGAAAUAGAUAAAGAGAACAAGAGGGCAUUCCACGUUGAUAAAUAAUUAAGAACAUAUUGAUAAAUAAUUAAGAAUUGAUAAAUAAUUAAAAAUUGAGCAAAUUAUAUAAGACAUAUAACUUCCAGGUUGAGAUAAAACCCCCCGCUAAUUCUCUUGAUUUUAGGAAAGCCAAAAGAUCGAGCCAUAUUGCUGGACUUGCCAAUGGAACUCUGAUGGGUGCCAUUAAUAUUAAUUUUGCAGUAGGAUUUCGCUAUGGUGGAUAUCUUAUCACGGAAGACGAAAUCACAGUCAAAGAUAUGAUGCAGUAAGUUGGUAAAACGUAGCCUGGAGCUAGAAAAAAGCAGGGUGGGGGGCGAAGCAAAGCUAAGCAAUUUUGACUGUUAAUUUCAAGCACUAUCGUCAGUUUUGUUGUUGCACGAAAUGUGUUAGAUACUGCCAGCACUUAUGUAGUUGGGUCCAACGCCGAGCUUUUCCAAGCAUUUUUUAUAUUGAUUUCUUUAUUCUUACUAUACUGUGGCAUUUUCUGCAUUUUGGGUAAGCCAUUUACAUUUAUAAUAGAGUUUUCAUUAUUUUGAAUUAUUUAACACAUAACUAUUAAUUCCAUUGCAAAACAAUCCAAAACACUUAUAACAUAUAGCGGCUAGAUAAAUGUAAUUUACAGUAGAGUACCCUGGGUUCCAGAGGUUUCGGAGAGUGUUCUAUAUGAAGGGUCUGGUUCGAACGAGGCAAUUCUUUGAUCGAACCGCGCCAAUUAGCGAAUGACAAACCAACAAAAUUAGCGAUUUUAGUUUUGAUGGAGGUUGAUGGAGGUUUCAAGAAUGAUUGACGGAGGUUUUAUAGAGGUUUUGAUUGAUGGAGGUUGAUGGAGGUUUUAAAACAUGAGCAGCAGUGUUUUAUCAGAUAUAGGCCUAAAGAUACGAGGCGAAACCGAAUACUUCAGGUCUGAUAAAACACGCACUGCGAAUGUUUUAAAUUGUUUCAAAAAAGAACGAUCUUACUUAGUAUAAGUUCAUUGGCAAAGUAAUUUUCGAACUAAUUUUCAAAAAAUACGUUGUGUAAGUCGAGAAAAUCAAAAUUAAAGUUUAUGUAAAUCAAGGGAAAUCUCUAUUACAUCAUAAUGAGUUUUUGAAGGAGGUUUUAAGAAUGAUUGAUGGAGGUUUUAUAGGAGGUUGAUGGAGGUUUUAUAGAAUCUGAUUGAUGGAGGGAUGGACAACUGAUUGAUGGAGGUUUUAAGAUCGUGACCAGUUCCCAUAGAAACUAUAAAAACGCCAGACUGGUCUCUGUGGACGCGUUAUAUUUUCCCGUAACUGUAAAAACGCGGGAAACGCCGGAGUUUUUUAGGCCAUGAUUUUAAAUUUCGUUUAAAUUGGCCUCAAAAAACACAGAAAAUAUCGACGAAAAUGUUCCCAAUACUGAAGGCGAAAUCGUUCCCAAUAAAACUGAAAAUAUCAAAGGAAAAGGGAAAAGGAAAUGGUCCAACUCAGAAAUUGGGGAGUUUGAAGAAAAAACCUGUCUUUGGGAUGUCUUUUCAAAAGACUACCACAACAUUGAAGGAAUUAUCGGUACGUAAAAAUUGCUGAACGUAUUCAUAAUAAACUUUCGGUGUACCAUGGAAAGAUACUUAGUUUCAAAACACAUGUUUGAGAGCUACUUUUGCUCAAAAGUUGAAGAAGAAAAUCCCAAUGGAAAUCAGGACCAGGAACCAACGAAGACUUUACAUCGAAAUUGAUUUUUUGGGAACAGCUACAAUUCCUUGUACCUACCAUGGAAGCAAGGCAACGUCGAUAAAGACAGUAAUAAGGACAAGCUUACAGAACCCGUUUGUACUAAUGCAAUGAACCGAAAACGUCAUAUUUGCAACUUUGCAACAUUACAGAAUUACUUAACCGCACGAGGAGGAGGAGAAGGAGAACGUAAAAUUACAAAGCGGUCAGUUCGGUUGGUCUUAGCAUGUAACGACAAACACUAUACGAAUAUGACAUCCCUAUUUCAUAAAUGACAAUUUUUCUGAGAAAAUAUUUAACAACAUAAAAUAAUUAUUCUUCAAGGUUUUAUAAUAUUUUUUUUUUCAAACAGGGCUGUGAUGACAAUCAUGACUUGUGCUGUUAUUGUUGGCCAAUUGUUUUCUAUGACACCGGAUUAUACAGAAGCAAUGGAAGCCACCAACAAAGUGUUUUCUUUCUUAGAAAAGACGCCUAACAUUGACAGUUACUCUGACAGAGGGGUACACCCGGUAAGUUCAUAUUCCUUAUUACUAUAGGUAUACUCUUUUAUAGUCAGAGUAACUAGUAUUGAAUAUUCAGAUUUUUGAUUGGUUGCGAUAAAAGUGCCGCUUACAUGAUGUACGUGUAUCGUUGUUGGUUAUCCAAAUGGCCAGAUACUGACAUUUUUCCAUGUAAAUGCUGAGAAAAAUGCAUAUGCUGAAUUCCGUGACCUUUUCAGUUGUUUUCAUAUUAUUUUGUCAUUUCAGUUGGUUUCAAUCUUUCUAUACUAUCACAAUUUUUGUGCGCUCAACGAAUAUAUGCUUGUAAUUAGCACGCCUUCGGCGACUAAUUAUUGAUAAACCAUUUCAACUUUACCCAAAAAUUAAUGAAAUUAAUAUGUGAAUAGGGGAGAAUUUUAGUCAGAAAAUGAAAGAUUUUCUUUAUGAUUAUACUACAUUAAAAAUAUACAUGAGAAUUGAUUCUGACUGGCUAAGAGCAGGAUGAAUUUCAUCGAGAUGUUUUGGUAUAGGCUGACAACUUUAAGCACAGCCUAAAGUCUCUUCGGUUUUAUAGCAAUAUUAAACCAGGUUUCAUGAGCUUUAUUCUUCGGCCUUUCAUAAUUUCAAUCCUGAGAUUUUAAAAUAUUUGCGAUGUUUUUCAGUAACAUGGCACUACCUUCGUGAUUUAGAUGUUAAAGCCCCAAGGUUUAAAUGUAACGGGAGAUGUUGGGGUGCGUAUCAAUUUUCUUGCUCUUGUAGUUAUCGAAAACCUGGAAAGUUGGCUUUAAAAAAUCACCCUUGUCAUCGACAGUCGCACCAUGGCAACAGUCGCUGACCAGUUUUGACUGACACGUUCUGUUCUGCGUUUAAUAUAGUUCCCAGCCCUUCAUGCAUAUUUUUCUAUCAUUGGAAUUUUUUUUCAAAAUCCUUACUAAGGAAAUAGUACGGAUCCUAGUUGAAAAUAGUAUGGAAAUCCAAUUUUCAUGCUAAUUUUAAUUUUCAUACUAUGGAUAUAGUAUGGAAAUACAAUAUAUAGCUAGUAUGGAUAUGCUAUGUCUAUGGAUUUAAUGAUGCAAUCGCAAGUUCCAUAGCAUGAAUUUCACGAUUUUUCCAUUGUAUAAUAAUACUAAGACACUAAUAUCUAUUUGUAUAAAAUCUUUCAGAGUUCUUGCAGAGGGGAAAUUCGAAUCGCGAACGUUCGCUUUAGAUAUCCUACGCGACGUAAUGCGAAAGUAUUACGCAACCUAAACUUUAAUGUGCAACCAGGACAAACUGUUGCUCUGGUUGGAACAAGUGGAUGCGGUAAAAGUACCUCUGUUUCGUUGGUUGAACGGUUUUAUGAUGCGAGGAGCGGAAGCGUGGUAAGAAUGUUGAAUAAUGUUUAAAUACACUUUUUGGCGUACCUCACAAUUAUAGUUUCAUAUUUAUAUUCCAGUUUUUUCAGUUAGCUCCGUGAGCUAUAUAGCAACAAAUGACAAAAACAUCAGUGUAUAGGAGUAAGUUUCCCUAAUUACCCAAUUGCAUAUGAACAGUUACAGUAUUAACAAUUUCAUGGAGAACCCAAUUGUUUUCUAGCGAGUUUUCUUAGCUAUAGUAUGACUUGGGCUGAUUUCAAAUAUACAAAGUUUAUUGAAGAAAUGAAAUUAAAUUUUAUGAACAUAUUUCGAAACGUUUCCGCUCAAAGAUGUUAUCUAAUAGUGAUAUGCUUAUAUUCCGUCAUUGUGUUGUGUACGUUUAGAUGAUAGAUGGCCAUGAUGUCAAGGAGUUGAAUUUAAAAUAGCUCAGGAGUCAAAUAGGAAUUGUUUCUCAGGAACCAGUUCUAUUUGACUUGUCUAUAAGAGACAACAUCGCGUAUGGUGACACAUCAAGAACUAUUAGUGAUAGCGAAAUUGAAGCAGCGGCACGAUCUGCCAAUAUUCACGAUUUCAUUUCAACACUGCCAAAGGUAGGGAUAUACGUUCUUAGUUUCCAGUCUGUGAUUACUUUGCCACUCAGAAACAAGCAAUAGACACAAGCAUUUUCCAAUUACGCCGUCUAAUUGCCAAGAAUGAUGACACCAAGUCGAGGGUUAGUUAGUGCUAUAAUUUACUACAAGAACGUUACAAUUUAGGACGAAGCUUCGUUCUCAGGCCUUUAUCUUAAUACGAACGGCACGUUUGACACAGAAUGGCACGUUUCCUUGUCAUGUGCCUCAAUAAUGUAAAACCUGUGAGUUCAUAGAUUCCUCUACUACCAUUUCGGCACCUAAAUCUAAGUACCAUAUCAAUUAAGCACCAAUUCACGUGCAUCUCCUCCCAUCUUACCUACUGCAUCUCGUGCAGUAAAUGUGGCUUGCUUUAUAUCGGGGAAACUGGUAGACGUUUGAGGACAAGGUUUGGUGAACAUCGACGUGCUAUCAUUAGUAAUGAUGCUAACCAACCUGUUGCCAGACAUUUUAAUAGUGGUAAUCACAGUGUUUCAGAUAUGGAAAUUCGAGUCCUCUGUCCCAUUUCUGGUAGCAACGAUAGCCUACAUGUCCACCCCUAUGGUAUAAACGAAUGUUUUUCUUACGUUUCCCUAUAUCUGUCCUUGCCUGACUUUAAUUCUCACCUUAUUGAUCCUUACUUGUUUUAAUAUUCCUUAUUUUUUUUAAUUAUCCCGGAGCUUUCUUUCCUUUUCCUUGGUAAGGGACCGUUCAUUAUUUACACCCGGGGUUGGUACCGAAGAGAUAUGGGUUGGGUAAUCAAGUUUUUGACUAGCUCAUGGGUUGGGUAAAAAAAUUUGUGGCUGUCUGUCAGCUAUAAAAUAAAACCGAAAUUACCAUGCAUUGGAAAAUAUGAAGAAAAAUGUGCACAAUACAUUCUGUACCAAAGUAGACUAUCAGUGAUUGAGGAAGGACUCUAUUAUUGAUCAGCAGGAACGUGGUUCCAUUGGCACACUCAGUGAGUUUGAGUCUGAGUGAGCUUUUAAAAUUUAGGCAACUUGAUUUCUGUCACCAUAUAAUCUUGUGUGUUUAAUUAUUAAGUACAGUAACACAUGGGUUGGGUAAACAUUAUUUUGACCAAUGUUGAGGUUGGGUAAAUAAAAAAAUUACAGUGUUUUUCGCUUCUCUUCGGUACCAACCCCAGGUAUAAAUAAUGAACGGUCCCUAAUAUAUUCUGUAAUGUGAUUUACAUGUUUUGUUCACACUUCGUUUUGAUCAAAUCCAUCUGAUUGGUUUAUUUUUGUCACGUGGUCACUUUACACUCGCUAGUAUAAAAGCACAUUUAUUUUCCUGAUCCAUGCUAAUUUCCCAUAUGAUCCAUACUAACUUCCCGACGUAUUUAGUAAAAUUCUUGUUCAGGGGAUUUUUGUAUUUUUAACUACAUUUUCAGGGAUUUUGGAAUUCUUUGCAAAUUUCUUUAGCGAUUUGUCAAUUCUUUUUGGUAGCAUUUUGGAAUAAUUAUUUUUAAAGAAAUUUUGGGAAUUUUUUCAUGCGACUAUUUUAUGAGCAAUAUUUCCCUACAUCUGAAACAUGACAAUUCAUUUAUAUUUUUGUUGCUAUCAGAAAUACGAUACUCAAGUUGGAGACAGAGGCACUUUGAUAUCUGGUGGACAGAAACAACGGAUUGCUAUUGCCCGAGCAUUGAUACGAGAUCCAAAAAUUCUUCUUCUGGACGAAGCAACUUCCGCUUUAGAUACAGAAAGUGAAAAGGUAAACAAUAUGUUGUCCAAUAUCAUGCAGUUAAGAAAGUUGGUUCAGGUUGUUAGAACCAUUGUUAGAUUCUUCAUGCAACGUCUUAAAAUGAUUCCACGCUUUGCAUGUGGUAUAUAAGGAACAAGAUUUCGAGGAAUAUGAUUUUCCGUUCUUGGUUUACCAGCACGAAUUAGACCGUUUCUCUAUAGGAUUUUCUACACCUAUUCUGUGUUUUAGGUUGUUCAACAAGCCUUAGAUAAAGCAAGUAUUGGUCGAACAACGCUUGUGAUUGCCCAUCGUCUGUCAACUAUUCAACAUGCAGAUGCUAUCAUUGUUAUCAAGAAAGGGAAAGUGAUCGAACGAGGUACUCACGAGGAGUUACUGGCUUUAAAGGGAAUAUAUUACGCUUUGAAUCGUGCGCAAUCGUCAUCCUCUUAA